AUGAAAAAGACCGAUUCAAGCAAUAAUGAGAAGAAACAAAAAAAAAAUAAUUCAAUCAAGCAAAACAGUAAAACCAAUUUGAAUUUUUCAAAGAAAAGAAUAACAUUUAAUAACUUAAUUGUAGACAAUUUUAGAAGUAUAAACGAUAUAAAUAAUUAUUUAAGAAACUCUUCAUUAAAUUCAAUUGAAACUCAAAAUAAAAAUGUGAUAAAUGAUAGCUUCUCUGAAAAUUACCUCAAAGAUAAUAAAAAGAAAAAGCCUCAUAAUUACAAUGUUGAUAUAGAAUUCGUCAAAAAGAACCUAACUAAAGACAGUUUAUUUAAUAUUGAUAAUAAUGAAAAUAUUUUUAAUAAUAAUAUUUCUGACAUUAUAAAGCGCAGUAUUACAAAUAAUAAAAAUAUAAGUAAUGAUUUGAAAAGGGUAUUGAAAAAAAAAGGAAAAUCUAUUCAAAAGGAGCGACGAAAAAAAAAAAUCAAGCACAUUACAUAUACGAAUAAUGAUACAAAUAAAAAAAAAAAAAAAAAAAUAAUAAGCAUAAUUAAAAAAAAAACGAAAAAUUCUAAUAUCUCUGAAAAUAUUUCAACGAUAGCUACAAUUUCUAAUAAUACAAAAAAAAUUCACAAAAAAAUCAAUUUUCAAACUUCUAGUAAUAAUGAAGAUGAAUAUAAUAGUCAUAAACAUGCAUUAGAUAAAAUAUAUGGAUCUUUGAAAAAUAAUAAUAGUUCAAUAGAUCCUUUGAUAAAUAAUUUUUAUAUUGAGUGUGAUAAUAAUAAUAUAAUUUCAUCUGAUGAAUACUCAAAUUAUUAUAAACAUGGCUAUUAUAAACCACCUAGUGAUAUAUAUGAUAAUGAUAAUUAUAUUCAUAAUAAAUAUCAAGUUUCGAAUAUAUAUCCGAACACAAAAUAUAGCUACAAUAAUUUUAAUUCUUUUAUUAAAAAAAAAAAAGUUUCAAAAAAAACGGACAAAUUUGAGCAAUCAGAAAACGAUUGUAUAGGAUUUCUGUGUGAUGAAGAGUAUAUGUGUGAAUAUCUCCAUUUUGAUGAAAAUCAUGUUGAAAGCCCAGAUAGAAUAAGAUGUAUAAUAAAAGCUUUAAAAGAAAAAAAUAUAAUUAAUAAAAUGAUUCAGAUAAAAUGCAGAGAAGCAUUGUAUGACGAAAUUAAAGAAUGCCAUACAAGAGCUCAUAUUAAUAAUAUUUUUUAUUCAUUAAAAAAAAAAUUAAAAUAUAAAAAACAAAAUGUCAUUUACCCAUUUGAUAAGCAUGAUACGUAUUACACUUUUCACACUGGGACUGUUUCCAAAAGAGCAGUUGGUGGACUUUUAAAUUUAUGUGAUGCUAUAUUAUCAAAUAAAAAUGAAAAAUUUAAAUACAUUGAUUUUAAAAAAUCACUUGGUUAUAAUUAUAAUUUUUUUAAAAAUAAUUUUCCUGAUAACUUAAAGAAAUGUAUAGGAAGAAAUAUUAAUCAUAGCACACAUUUGAAACGGUCAAAAUCCGAUAGCAAUUUAUUCUCACUGAAAAAUUCACGACGUAAUUCCUUCCUUAACAGUAAUAAAAAUCCUAAAUUUAAUACCAAUAGCCAUGCUAAUAAUAAUGGUAAUUUCUUAAUUAAAGAAGGAUGGGAAAAAUUUCCAAAAAACAAAAAAACAUCAUGUUAUUCAUAUAAGGCCAUGUGUGAAAAUUAUAAGAAUAAUAUAGACACUUCUUAUACCCAAAAUUUAGAACACUCUCAGGAAUAUUUUCCUAAUUUUAAUGAUAAACCAAAAUUAUAUAACAGUGAUUCGAGUAAUAAUAAUAAUAUUGCAUAUACAGAUGGUGUAGGAAUUGAAACACACCAAGUGGAGCCGUUAAAUUCUUCCAGAAAUCAUCUAUCCAACGAAUCUAUAAAUAAUAACAAAUUCAAAAAAAUGCGAAGUUAUUCAACUACAAUAUGCAAUAUAAAAGAUAGUGAAAGUAAUAAUAUAAAUCAUAUUUCUGAAAUAAAAUGUGGAUUUGCUGCUAUUAGACCACCUGGACAUCAUUGUAGCAGAAAUAAUCCAUCUGGAUUUUGUAUUUUUAAUAAUAUAAGUGUUGCUUGUAAAUAUAUAUAUAUUAAAUAUGGAAUAAAAAAAAUUUUUAUUUUUGAUUGGGAUGUACACCAUAAUAAUGGAACACAAGAGAUAUUUUAUAAUGAUAAAAAUGUUUUAUGUUUUUCUAUACAUAGAUUUGAUUCGAACAAAAAAAACAAAAAAAGAAAAAGCAAAGAAAUAAAUAAGGGGAAACAUACAAAAAAAGUUUCUUCUAUAUAUAAUCAAAAAAACGAAAAAAAAAAAAAAACUAUCCAUGCAAACACAACUAGCAAUAUUAGUACUGCUGAGAGUGUUGCUACAUCUUCAAAUAUUAAUAACUAUAAUACUACUAUUAAAAGAAAAGGAAAUAAAAAUAACAAAAAUAUAGAAAAUGGGAUAGAUUCUUAUAAUUCAUCAUCUGCUAAUUCUGUUAAAAAUAAGAAAAAGAAAAAAAAAACUAAAAAAAAAAAAGAAAAGAAAUCACGUAUAGCAACUGAAGAAAAUGGAUUUUAUCCACGAACAGGUGCUAAAAGUGAAUUAGGAGAAAAAAAUGGAUAUAAAUUUAAUAUUAAUGUACCUUUAGAAAAAGGUUAUAACAAUUGCGAUGUAUAUUAUGUUUUUAAAUAUUUAUUGUUGCCAAUAUUACAAGCAUUUCAACCUGAAUUUAUUUUUAUAUCUUCGGGUUUUGAUGCUUCAAUUAAAGAUCCGUUAGGAGAAUGUAACUUAACUCAUACUCUAUAUGAAUGGAUGACACUUCAAUUGAAAAAAUUUGCAAAAAUUUAUUGUGAAGGACGAAUAAUAUUAGUUUUAGAAGGAGGAUAUAAUUUAAAUUAUUUGCCAAAGUGCACACUGGCAUGUUUAAAAGCUUUAAUUAAGAAAAACAUAAAAAUACCAAACCAAGAAGCAACGCGCAGUAAUAAUAACAAUGAUAGUAAUAAUAUCAUGCUUAAUAAUCAUACAAAUGAGGAAGCUAAAAAUAGCAAAGAAAAUAACAGUAAUGAUGAUUCACAAGAAAGUCAGCUCAAUUUAGAAAAAUAUGACCUCUCUGACAAGCCGUUUUAUACGUUUACAAACGAUAAUACCAAUAAACAUGUAGAAAAUGAUAGCGAAUCUCAAUUAAAUACAACUCAAAAUAAUAUUUCCAUAAAUAAUGGUAACACAUGUCCAUUGAUAAAUAAAACGAAUGAAAUAAACUCAACUUUGGAAAAUGAAAAAUUAAUAAAAUUAAAAAAUGUUUCGAGAGAAUUUUCAAAUACAUAUGAUCAUGAAAAUUUUUAUAAAUUUAAUAAUUUAAAAAACUAUACCAAAAAAAGUGAUAAAAUAUUCAAUUAUUAUUGUGAAAAUCCGUAUCCUAGUAAUAAAAAAAAAAAAAAAAAAAAAAUAUUUACUCGAGGAAAACUUCAUUAUUCUACUUAUAAAGUUAUUAAAUAUUUUUUAUGUAUAUUAAAAGGUGAACCAUAUUAUUUAAAUAUUAAUUUACCACCUUAUAAUAAAUUUGUUAAAAAAAAAGGAUUAGAAAAUGAUUCUUCAUCAAACCUUGGCCAUAAAAUCAAUUUAUACAAUGAACUAUAUAACCCAUCUGAUGAUAAUAGUUAUGGUAAUGAAAUUUUAAGUGGAUGUGCAAAGAAAAAAAAUAAAGAAUUAAACAUGCACAAUCAACAAGCCAAAAAAUCAACCACAUUAUCACCAUCAUCAUCAUCAUCAUCGAAUAUUUCAAAUAGUGACUUAUAUUUUUCAAAUGAUGAUUUAGAUGACACUGAAACCAAUUCGGAUAGUAAUCACUACAGUAUUCAAAAGAUUAUAACACUUAAUCAGCUUAAAUCAAGAAUAAACAAUACUAUUAAUAAUAAUAACAAUAGAAAUAAAAAGAAUAAAAAUAAAACUCAAAUAAAUGAAAUGGAAUUUCCCAAUUCUAUUAAUAAUAAUUUUGAGAAAAUCAGUGAAUUUUAUGACUUGACAAAAUAUAUUGAUAACGAUUUUUUGAUUAAUAUGAGUAAUAAGAAAAAUAAAAACAAAUCAGAAGAAAAAUUGCAUAAUCAAACUAUUGGUAGUAAUUCAAGAAAUCAAGCUAAUUAUCAAAAUCAUACAAUUUCAAAAAUAUCAAAAUAUAAUGGGAUACACAGUUAUAUUAAUGGCGACUUAACAAAUCUUAAAUACAGUCGAGAUCAAUUACAAAAUUCAUUUGCAAUGUAUACGCAAAGUAAAAAGGGAUAUAUAUUUUUUUAUGGAAGUGGUCAUAAAAAUCAAUGGGUAUUGCCUGUAAAUAAAAAAUUAACCAAAAUAAUAAAAUUAUGCUCAAAGUCAGAAGCUUUUUUUUAUGCAUGGUUAUAUCUAUGCUGUGAUAAAAAAAUUCCCAUUACAAACACACAAGAAAAUUAUUCUUCAAUAUUAGAAGAUAAUAUAACUGUUGAGGGAGCAAAAUUAAAUAAAUACUUUUCUGACCAAGAAAUAAAAUUAGGUAAAGAGCUUCUCAAAUUUACUGUUCCAUGUUAUCAAGUUUUUUUGGAAGAAAACCAACUCAUGCAAUUUGGUCGGGUAGAAGAAAUGUAUGAAUCUCUAGAUGAGGCAGAACGAAAUGAAAUGAAAUCAGAAAAUAAUAAUUCAUACCAGUACAAUGAGCAUAUUAAUAAUACUAGUGGUCAUAAUGCUUCGAGUACAAAUAGUAUGAACGUUAAUAAAUAUAUAACAUAUGAUUCACAAAGCAAUUCUGAUACGAAAGAAAACGACACUACAAAAGAACCAGAAUUUUAUGAAUCAAAAACAAUGAUGAAUGAAAAUAUAAAUAAUGAAAAAGAGAGAAAUUAUUUUUUUGAUGUAAUUGAAGAAAACAAAGAAAAUGAUGAAGAUAGGGCAAAAGUAAAUGGUGAAAAUAGGGAAAAAGAAAAUGGCGAAGAUAGGGAAAAAGAAAAUGGUGAGAAUAAUUAUAUCCCUAUAAAUAUUGAUAACAAGAAUGAUCUAAUAAAUGAUGCAUAUGAAAACAAAAAUAAUUCAAAUAGUAAUUCAUUUGAAAAUAAUAAUGAUUACAAAAAUUUAGUAAAUAAAAAUAAUGAUCUAAAAAAAAAAUUAUAUGGAAAUGAAUUAAAAACAGCUAUUUGUUUACGAAAUGUGCUAAGCUCUAUGAGGCACCCAUGUGCUAUGGAUAUAAAAAUGGGAAUAAAAUUAUAUGGUGAUAAUUGUGAUGAAGAAUCAAUACAAAAAAAAAUUGAAAAAGCAAAAAAUAGAUCUUGCUUAUCACAUGGAUUCCAUUUAACUAGCUUAAUAGGAUGGUGUAAAAAAAAAAAACAGCCAUUUUUUAUAUCAAAAGAAGAUGCGCAUUUAAUAAAAAAUGAUGAGAAAUUUGUCGAAGCUUUUUUAUCAUAUUUCUUAGCAUGCGAUAAUAUACAAUUAUCCGUAUUUUUAUUAAAAAAAGUUCUUAUAAUAUUAGAACACAUGAAAAUAUUUUUUGAAAAUCAAUCUUAUUUUGCUUUUUGUGGAUCAAGCUUAUUGUUUGUCUUUGAUUCGGACCCUUCAAAAAGUAAAUCUGAAGAUAAAAAUAAUGACGAAAAUAUUAACAACUCUGAUAAUUCAAAUAUCGAAAAUAGCAAUAAUGGUAAUGAUCAUGAUAACACUCUUACAUUUGAACAAGAAACAGAUAAAUCAGAAAGUAGUAAAGAACAAGAUGAUUAUUAUCAAAAAGAGGAAAAAAAAACAUAUGACGAAAUCUUUAAUUUUAGGGAUCACAUUCAAAAACAAUUUGAAGAAUCUCUAACUACAGAAGAAAAAAAUGUUUAUAUGGAUUCAAAGUUAAAUGCUAAUGUUUUGAAAAGUGCUAGCGUCUACAUAAUUGAUUUUGCCCAUGCAAGCCUAGAUAAGAAGGAACAAGACCAUGGAUUUUUAUUGGGAAUAACUUCUCUCCACCGCAUAAUAAUCAAAACUAUUGAAAAAGUAAAAUCCUCGAUUUGA